CACAGAGCAGUGGAGGCACAGCAGGGUCACCGUCUCUCUGCUCAUCUGCACUCACUCUCCAUGGAAGGCAGGAAGGAGAUGCUCAUGUAUUUGGAGGGAGGGCAGCUUGGCACUCUUGUUGGCAAGAGAAUGGCUCAUUUGUCGGACGCAGUGGGAAGCCCCAUGGCCGAGUCGCAGGACAAGCUCGUUCCUAAGAGCCCCAGGGCUGGCCCCAUAGCGCCUACAGAUAGAGCGGAGGAGAGCGAAGUGGAAGUUGGACAAGCGACGGGUCAGCAAAGGAGCAGGUCCCCUCAACUCCGGAUCUCUUCUCCGCACCCACCGGCGCACUCGGACUCCCUGUCCACCAAGGGGCAGCACAGCAGCUCGGACACCGAAUCCGAUUUUUACGAGGAAAUCGAAGUGAGCUGCACCCCGGACUGUAACUCGGCAGCCUCGGACUAUCAACAGCACAGUGCAGGUCAGUGCUCAGAGCCCAUGGGAGGCAGCCCUGUCAAUGGCAGCGAUUCAUCCAAAGGAGGUGGCGGAUCCCACGGCUCCUUCUCUGCCUGUGCCGGGGACCAGAUGCGCAGAUACCGGACAGCCUUCACCCGGGAGCAGAUCGCCCGACUGGAGAAGGAAUUCUACCGGGAGAACUACGUGUCCAGGCCCAGGAGAUGUGAAUUGGCUGCGGCCCUUAACCUGCCAGAGACCACUAUAAAGGUGUGGUUCCAAAAUCGCAGGAUGAAGGACAAGCGACAGCGACUGGCAAUGACCUGGCCGCACCCCGCAGACCCAGCUUUCUAUACCUAUAUGAUGAGCCACGCAGCAGCCACUGGCAACCUACCUUAUCCUUUCCCUUCUCACCUACCUCUUCCUUAUUACUCUCACAUGGGCAUCAGCGCUGGUUCAACUGCAGCCGCCACCCCCUUCAGCGCCCCUUUGAGGCCAUUGGAUACUUUCAGAGUUCUGUCCCAUCCUUACCCCAGGCCUGACUUGCUCUGUGCGUUCCGCCACCCUUCCAUUUACGCCUCACCUGCACACGGACUGGGGUCUGGCGGCAGCCCCUGCAGUUGCCUCGCAUGUCUUAGUACCUCAACCAACGGCCUAGGCCAAAGAGCUGCAGCAUCUGACUUUACCUGCUCCUCCACCUCCAGAUCAGACUCCUUCCUCACCUUCACUCCCUCCAUCCUCAGCAAGUCCUCGUCUGUCUCGUUGGACCAGAGAGAAGAGGUGCCUUUAACCAGAUGAACACCAUGUUGGCUUUAUUGUUACCCUUCUCCCGAGUCCCUACUCGCCAUAAUACUGUUUUAAUAGAUUAUGCACAUUCCCCAAGGUGACAGUAAUGAACUGAUCAGGUCAGCCCUUACCUUUCCUUUCUUACAACUACAAACCGAACUCACAACCAUGAAAAAAAACAUAUUGUAAAAGUCAACAAAAACGAACUUCUAUGAUGAAAUUGUCGCAGUUUCUUUCAGUGAGAGUAGGUGCCAGAGGGAAGAUAUGACCAAUCUGGAAUACUUGAAUGUAAUGUCGCCACAGAACAAAGGGGGGCAGCUGUACCAUUCAUUUUUUUAGGGGGACGCAGGGAAUAAAAAUAUUUUAUGUCCAACAAUCAGUAUUAUACAUUCUGCCCAGACGGGAUUACACAUUUCUAAUGUCUCGCUUCUCUUCAUUUUUAUUUCUUUUUGAGCCUCACACAAAAAAAAACCCCGUGCAGACACAACUUCUUAUGGUUUUGUGUUGGCACAAUUUGUUUCCCUUCCUAAGCAUUUAUUCGUGAUUACUUAUUAUCUUCUACCAAACACUGUUUUUUGAGUAAUCAAAUUGUGCUUCUGAAUCCCAUGAGCUGCUGAUAUUUGCGCACACUGGUGACAUUAUGGGGUGAUGUAUAUGGUUUUUCUUUCUUUUUGCCUAUGAAUUUUGAAUGUAUAAUUUUUUCCCCAGUGCAGAAUCUGUGCCAAACCGUUAACAAGCCGCAUAGGGAACGGAUUAGCCAAAGCCAGAUCUCUGCAGAACAAACGCAGCAUCUCUUCCCUUUACAGGCCUGUCAUCUAUAUCAGGCUCUCUCCAUUCACUUUAAACCUGAUUAUUUCGUUUUAUUUUGCUUUUAAUUGUUAUUAUUAUUUCCAAAUUGUACUUGACGUUUCAGGGAGUUUGUUUACAUGUGUUACAUUAUUUAUACUUUGCUUUUAUUGCACAGGCGGGUUGUGUUGAACGUGUCUACCUGAAUCUCUGUCUGAGCACAGCCCCUUUUUUUAAUAUAUUUUAAGAAUAUCAGAAGAGUGGGUUUGUUAUAUCUUUACAUUGUUUGUGAAAUGAGAACAGUUAAACAAAACAAACUGUUGAAAACCUAUUAACGAUUCGCAAUAAAAAAUAAUACAAGAGCGUAUUAUAAACAGCUAC